CUGCCUCAAAAUAGCCAACCCCCCGAGCCAAUCCGCCAAUGCAUUUCGGCUCACGAUGAUAAGAUCGACGGACCCCAAGUGAAAUGUACCGGUGACAAAUUUGGCCUCUUUAGAGUACCAACAACCAAUGAGGAAUACGCGAGUUGUGAGAGGCGUUUCGAUUGGUUGCAAUCAGAGAAAGACAUUCAAGAAAGAUUGUUUAAUCAGUUAGAGUUGGGUCGCGACGUUGGUAGUGCCCGCUGCCUAAAACCCGGCCAGGACGAGACACGUAUUACGAACGCACUGAACCAGAUAGAACGGGAAAUGUCAGCCCUACGCUUGGUGAUGAAAAAGUAUACCAACGAUAAAAGAAAAUUUCGAAGGUUAAAAAAUUGA